CGUGAAAGUGCACGAAAAAAACGUCAAAAAGGUGAAAACCAAAAUAAAAUUCCACUUCUAGUUCGUGAAAAAAAUAUUCAAUCUGCUGAUUUGGGAAAUUAAAAUUCCUUCUAAAAUCAGCACCUUUCCCGUCAGAUUCGGCUUCCGUUUUUAUCUCGCUUUGUAAUUUACGGCGCACGGUUAGGAAUCAACGCGAAUCAGGAUGAAACCAUCGUCCAAAGUGGUGGCGUAAUUUUGCGAUCGAUUCGUACGUGGAAUAAGUCGGGAGAUGCUUCUUCGUUCGUUGCGUGCUGCUGAAGAAAACAUCCAUUGCUCAUCGUCGUCGUCGUCGUAACAAAGGGGAUUGUGUGAGGUUCUUGUGUGCUUUCUCUUCCUGUGAAGCGAGAAGGGGGGAAACAAUACCGAAAGAACAAUGCUGGAACCGAAAGGCGCCGAUUCGCAGCAGCAGCAACAAGAGGAGCUGGAUAGGAAUUUGGGCAAUGAGGUUCCAGCAAAAAUCGGUACUGGUGGCGACGAAAAUGUGGUGGCGGAGGAAGCGGAAAAGAGUCGUGAGCUACAGCUGGAACUUAAGCGGAUACGGGACGAGUUUAACCAGCAGCGGGCCAAGAUGAAGGAAUUGUACCUGGCGAAGGAAGCGGAAUGCAAGCGAUUUUCGAAGGAAGCCGCCUCGGCGCGCAAAGAACUAGAGGACGCCAAAUCGCAAAUCAUGGUAAUGGAGUACAACCGCGAGAAGGAUCUUGAGGAGCAGAACCGACGAGCACAGGAAGAGAUUAUGACGCUUCAACAGUUGGUCCAGGAAACUGUGGAUGAGUCCACGUUCAGUCACGACGAGAUGCGACGCCUGGCGGAGGAAAACGAACGUCUCCGGACGGAACAGCACGACCUGAAGGAGGCACUUGCCGCGGCACAGCAGGAUUCGCCGAGCUUGGCACCGGUGCUGAACCAGGCCAAGAAGAUCAUCCGUAAGCUAGGGGCAGCCGAUUCCAACAGCCACGACAAUCUGGAGGAUUCCAUGCGGAAGGUAAACAAAUAUGCCCAGGAAGAUGCGGAAGUGCUGCGGUCGCUAGUCGUUCCCCUAGAAGAAGAAAUCAAAACCCUGAAAGAGAAACUACGAGACGCCUACGAAGAAAUGGAAAAGCAUCGCGGCGAAGAAUCGCGAAAGCCCCCAGAAUCGGCCCUGGUUGGAAUGCUAAAGGAAGCGGCCCAGAAAGAUCCUCCGGCUCCGAAAGAGUUGGAAAACCCUCAGGAACCCUCGGCCAGUUCUUCGACGUCCUGCGAAAUGUGUACCAAUUACGAAGCCAAGCUGGUCCAGUGCCAGGAACAGAUCAACGGCGAAAAGCAAAAGGCCCAACAGCUGGAGAAGAGCGUCGAGCGGAUGCGGGAGGAACUGGCCAAAGAGGGUGCUAUGCGAGCGGAUUUGGAAGCUCAGUGGCAGCAGAAACGGGAAGAUCACAAGGCCGAGGUGCAACGACUGAACGAGCAGACGGCCACAGCGGAACACGAACUGGCAGCGCUGAGGAAAGACUACGCCCAGCUCAAGCAGACCGUGAACGACGAGCUGCAGAAGCUGACGGAGGAACGGGAACAGGUCUACCGACAUCUGGAAGUGCUGCAGAAAGACAACGAAUUCCUCUCGGGUAAAUACCUGGAGAAUUCCGAGAUGCUCAAGGACCAGGAGAUCAACCUCCCACAGAGUAUCGACGAACUGCACGAGCUGGUUCUGACUCUUCAUGAGAACCUGAUCGUAACGAAAGCGGGUUGUGAGUUUGCCGAGCGGAAAACGCUUAGCAUGCAGGAUGAGGUGGCUCUGUUGAGAGACCAGCAGCAUAACCGGGAGCGGGAAGUCCGUCGGGCCGAACGAGAUUACCAUAAUAAGGUCGCUCAGCAAGAGGAACAACUCCGGCAGCAGUACCAGCACUACCAACGGUUAGCCGCCCACAAAGAAGAACUGGAACGAGCCGACGCCGACAACAAGCGCCAGAUAUCGGAACUCCGGAUGCAAACCAUCGAGCUGCAGGCCACCAACGAAAAGCUAGACAAACACAACGUGGACCUCAAGAACAAGAUGAGCGUGCUGCAGGAAGACCUGGCCAACAACGAGGCCGUCCAGAAGGACUUUGUCAAGCUGUCCCAAUCGCUGCAGAUGCAGCUGGAGAAGAUCCGCUCGGCGGACACGCAAGUCCGCUGGCAGGACGAGGACGACAUCGACCAAUGCGCGAACUGUCGGAAGGAGUUCACGGUGACCCGGCGGAAGCAGCACUGUCGCCACUGUGGCACCAUCUACUGUCAGACGUGUCUCACCAAGACGGUUCCGACGGGACCGAACCGGCGGCAGGCCCGGGUCUGUGACGUGUGCCACACGCUGCUGGUCCAGGACACGGCGCCCUACUUUAGUCGGGAACCACCGCAAUCGCCCUGAGCGGACUUCACAUUUAGUUAGUGUUCUUGUCCUGGGUUGGUCCAAAUGGGUUGAAGUUGUUUGGCUUGAGGACGACUUCUGGUCAUUUGGACCACGCCCACUCCAUGUACGUGUAAAUGUAAUUCUAUGGCGAGCGUCGUUUUGCUGCCAGAGGGUUAGUGCUGUUAGCUACAAUAUGUUAGGUACGUUCCGUUGGGGUUGGGGAAGCGCGAGGGGUAAUCAGAACCGUAAUCCAAAGCUAUCGAUUGACAAUGAGAAAGAGAGAUCGAGAAUCAAGAUCGAAAAGUGCAUAUGAGCGAACGAGAAAGAGAGAGACAGACAAAGCAUGUUUUAUUAACCUAAUUCAAAUUUUAGUGUACAUUUAUCUCUUUCGCUUUGUCGUAAUACAAAACAAAACUUUAAAAGGAAUACAACACUACUUACAAAAAGGAAGCAUUGAAAAAUAUAGGAUUCGUUACUAACCGA